AUGGGAUUCUUCAUCAUCGUCGCCUUCUUCCUGUGCGCUUGGAUGGGCGACAGGCGGAAGCUGUUGGACGACGGCGACGGCCCCCGACGUCACGGCGAGCUCCUCGGCAUGGUCUGCAGCGGCAGAGGCAAGCUCGCCGACAUGGUCGGCCGCCAGGCCGGCAUCCGCCGCCGCUGCUGCUGCUGCCGCAGCGCCGCCGUGGCCCCGGCGCCGCUCCCCAGCGAGGGCGCGCGAGACCACGCGGCGCGGGCGGAGACCGAGGCGCAGCCGGCCGACGCCGCGCCGCCCAGCGCCGGCGCUGCGGCGCCGGAGCAGGCGCCCCCCCCCGCGGAGCGCCCGGGUCCGCGCGGGUGA